GCCCUCUCCAAAGCUUCUUUCCUCCCUUGUUCCAAAUCCACCAACCCCAACCCACAAUCCCAUAUUUAUUCCUCACUUGCAUAGCAUAUAUAAACCCGGCAUCGACACAGCAAAAGAUGAUUCCCCAUUGAGGCAUUGAGGCAUCCUCCAAUCCCGCCAAAUUCAACGAGGCCGGAGGAGAUAGCUAGCUAGCUAGCAGCUGAUCCAUAUAUCCAUCAUUAGAACCUAUUAACUCCUCCCAAAUUACUCCUUUCCGUUAUCACUUCCCCCUUCGACGCCCUUAAUCACCAUCCCCGGGCCGCGGAAGCGGGAAGGACGACCCAAGGACCUUGAUCAACAGAGGAAUUAUUCGUCUUCUCCGACAACCCCGGCCGCCGCCGCCGGAGCAAGCGCCGAGCGAGCCCCAUUCCCCGCAAUUGAAGCCGUACUUGAACACAAGGCCGUACGCAAGAUCGUCGUCAUCGUCCCCGCCGGCGCCGGCGCGGCCGAGAAGAAAUGAGCGAUGCCACCGCCCGGCUGGUCCUGGCGGCGGCGGCGGCGCUAAUGGCGACGACGGCGGCGCUGCUGACUCCGGCGGCCGCCGUCGAGCACGACUACGCCGACGCGCUCUCGAAGAGCCUCCUCUACUUCGAGGCGCAACGCUCGGGGCGUCUCCCCUACAACCAGCGCGUCCGGUGGCGCGGCGACUCGGGGCUCAACGACGGGCUCGAGCAAGGCGUGGACCUGGUGGGCGGCUACUACGACGCGGGCGACCACGUCAAGUUCGGGCUGCCCAUGGCGUUCACGGUCACCAUGCUCUCCUGGUCCGUGCUCGAGUACGGCGGCGCCAUGGCGGACGCCGGCGAGACGCGGCACGCGCUGGCGGCCAUCAAGUGGGGCACCGACUACUUCGUCAAGGCGCACACGGCGCCGCACGAGCUCUGGACCCAGGUCGGGGACGGCGACUCGGACCACUACUGCUGGCAGCGGCCGGAGGACAUGACGACGUCGAGGAGGGCGUAUAAGGUGGACGAGGAGCAUCCCGGGUCGGAGGUCGCGGCGGAGACGGCGGCCGCCAUGGCUGCGGCGUCCGUGGUUUUUAGACGCGCCGGGGACGCGCACUACGCCCACCUGCUUCUUCACCACGCGCUGCAGUUGUUUGAGUUUGCGGACAAGUUCAGGGGGCGGUACGACGAGAGCGUGCGGGUGGUGAAGAGCUACUACCCGUCAGCGAGCGGGUACAAGGACGAGCUGCUGUGGGCGGCGCUCUGGCUGCACCGGGCCACGGGACGACGGGAGUACCUCGACUAUGUCGUCGAAAACGCCGUCGAAUUCGGGGGCACCGGGUGGGCAGUCUCCGAGUUCAGCUGGGACAUCAAGUACCCGGGCCUCCAGGUCCUCGCUUCCAAGCUGCUGCUGGAGGAGAAGGACCUGAGCCCGCGUCACCGGGCGGUGCUGGAGAAGUUCAAGUCCAACGCGGAGUUCUACGUGUGCUCCAACAUGAACCGGAACCCCGGCGGCGCCGACCGCAACGCGGGACGGACCCCGGCGGGGCUCGUCUUCGUCCGGCCCUGGAACAAUCUCCAGUACGUCACCAACGCCGCCUUCCUCCUCGCUGUCCACUCGGACCUCCUCUCCUCCCUCGGCCACGACCUCCGCUGCCUCCCCCACUCCCCCUCCAACUCCUCCUUCUCCGCCGCCAUCGAAGCCGAGGACGAGGCCGAGGUCGUCGUCCUCGGCGCCGGCGACGUGAUGGCGUUCGCGAAGUCGCAGGCGGACUACAUCCUGGGGUCGAAUCCGGCCCGGACGAGCUACCUGGUCGGCUACAACGGCGGCGGCGGCGCGGAUCUGGAGGGCGGGAUCCGGUGGCCGCGGCGGGUGCACCACAGGGCGGCGUCGACGGCGUCGAUCGCGGAGGAGAGGGGGUUCAUCGGGUGCCUGCAGGGGUUCGACUCGUGGUACAGCGCCGGGGAGGAGAACCCGCACGACCUCGUCGGCGCCGUCGUGGGGGGACCCGACGGCGAGGACCGCUUCAGCGACCACCGCGGCGCCUACAUGCAGACGGAGGCGUGCACGUACAACACCGCCCCCAUGGUCGGCGUCUUCUCCAGGCUCAUGGAGCUCCAGGAGGAGGAGCGGCGGUCGCGGCGGCAGGAAGAGGAUCAGGCGAAUCAGCGGGAUCUGUGAUUAAUUGAUUGAAGACGAUGCUGAUCACUGUACGUAGGGAGAUUAUUAGUUGAAUAAUGAUGGGAGGGGAAAUUGUGAUUUUUUUUUUUUAGGAUGGGAAUGGAAGGAUGGAUGGGGGGUGUACAUUCUUUUUGUUGAUUGAUUAGUAGAGGCUUUUGUUUUUGUUGUUUCAUGAGGGGAUGAAAUUAACAGGAGAAAAUAAACGUCAUAUUGACCAUUGAUUGGUUUGGUCCUGA